GCGUGAGUCUCGCUUCCGCCCUCCCGCGUCACGUGACCGCCGACCUGCCUCAGCUACGGGUCCUGGGAGCGGCCAUCCCGGGCCGUUCUCGCGUCUCUCCCGGCCCGCUGCGGGCCGCUCCGGCCGGUGUUUUGCCCGGGCGCCUCCGUGCGCUCGGCCAACGGCCUCCGAGAGCGCCCGCCCCAGCGCCCCGGGAGCCGGCGGGCGGCGGCCCUCGCUGGAGACCCUCCAGCGGGCCCAGAGGGACAAAAGUGGCUCUAAAUCCAGCACGUGCACAUUGAAGCAAGUUAAAGGAUUUACUAUGACGCACAGAAGCAGAUUAGUGCCCAAUAGCAAGUAGUAGUUGGUACACGUUUCUGGAAAGCAGUGUCCGUGUUGUUAUGUACACCUCCAAAAAAGUUCAGAUCUGUAGGGGAAUUGUUGUGUAAACUAAACUGAACUACAGGGUAGCAGUAUUUUAAUAGCUAUUAUAGACGUGUAUUUACUGUAUUAAAAAUGAGUAAAAGAAAAAGCAGUGACACACCAAUAGGAAGAGUGAGUGGGACAGCGUUUCCUUCUCCCUCUGCUGCUGAGAUGGCGGAAAUCAGUCGAAUACAGUAUGAAAUGGAAUACACUGAAGGUAUUAGUCAGCGAAUGAGGGUCCCAGAAAAAUUAAAGGUCGCGCCACCAAAUGCUGACCUGGAACAAGAAUUCCAAGAAGGAGUUCCCAAUGCGAGUGUGAUUAUGCAGGUUCCAGAGAGGAUUGUCGUAGCAGGAAAUAAUGAAGACAUUCCAUUUUCAAGACCAGCAGAUCUCGACAUCAUUCAGUCAACUUCGUUUAAACCUCUGGCACUAAAAACACCACCUCGUGUACUUACGCUAAGUGAAAGACCACUAGAUUUUCUGGAUUUAGAAAGACCUCCUCCAACUCCUCAAAAUGAAGAAGUCCGUGCAGUCGGCAGGCUAAAAAGAGAGCGUUCUAUGAGUGAAAACGCUGUUCGCCAAAACGGACAGCUGGUCAGGACUGACUCCCUGUGGCACAGAUCAGAUUCUGCCCCAAGAAAUAAAAUUUCAAGGUUCCAGGCACCGAUUUCUGCACCGGAGUACACUGUGACACCAUCGCCACAACAGGUUCGGGUCUGUCCUCCCCAUAUGUUACCUGAAGAUGGAGCUAAUCUCUCCUCUGCUCGUGGCAUUUUGUCGCUUAUCCAGUCUUCUACUCGUAGGGCUUACCAGCAGAUCUUGGAUGUGCUAGAUGAAAAUCGCAGACCUGUGUUGCGUGGUGGGUCUGCUGCCGCCACUUCUAACCCUCAUCGCGACAGCGUCAGGUAUGGCAUUUCAAAUACAGAUACAACAAUUGAAGGAACUUCAGACGACAUGACUGUUGUAGAUGCAGCUUCAUUAAGACGACAGAUAAUCAAACUAAAUAGACGUCUACAACUUCUAGAAGAAGAGAACAAAGAACGUGCUAAAAGAGAAAUGGUCAUGUAUUCAAUUACUGUAGCAUUCUGGCUGCUUAAUAGCUGGCUCUGGUUUCGCCGCUAGAGGUACCCUCGGCUCUCGAAAAUACUGUCUCAACAGCUGCAAAUAUAAAGAAUUUGCAAACUUCUUGGUUUCUGUGUUUGCAUUGUAUGCCGUUUUAUAGUCCAUGCCCUGAAAAUGUAUUUCUUUCAGAAAGGAAGGAGAAAUGAAGGCAUAUUCUGUCACUUAGCUGCAUUCACUUUUAACAGUUCUGCAGUAACACCUACUUAAAAUUCUCCCUUUGCAUGUUUUGUAAAUAGGCUCUAGUCUGUUCUUUUUAAAGGAAUUAAUUUUUCACCUCAUCAGUCUGCACAAUUCUCUGAAUGGGAGAGGGGUAGAGAAUGAAUUUAGAAAACUAUCUGUAAAAGAAAGGCAAUACUUUAUUUUGUCCUGUUUCUCAAACACUAUCAAGCAGUUUUGUUAAUAGACACGCAUCCAGCCACAUUUCAGCAUUAACUCCUGAAGUCAUGGUCUGGUGUCCAAAUUAAUGAAAUCAAGCCGCCUCAUGUUUCAUGAUCACCUUUAUUAAAAAAAUUCCUAAUGUUUUCAGCAGUGUACCUAAUAUGUGUGUAAAAUGUGCAUUUUUAUUUUAGUUUUACAGAUGGUUUUCUAUAAAAUAUGUUUUUAAUAAGUUCAUGUGUGAAUGAUUAAAAAAAACAGAAUAAGGUACAAAUGUAGUGUAUUUAAUAAACUGUCAACCAAAGCAA